AUGUCUGAUUUACGCUAUUUCCAAACGACUAAAAAAGGAGAAAUCCAUGAGCUGAAAGAAGAAUUACAUUCUUCUCAUAAGGAGAAGAAAAAAGAAGCAAUUAAAAAGAUCAUUGCUGCUAUGACUGUAGGUAAAGAUGUGUCGACAUUAUUUUCUGACGUUGUGAAUUGUAUGCAAACAUCUAAUAUAGAAUUAAAAAAACUUGUUUAUUUAUAUGUUAUAAAUUAUGCUAAGGUUCAACCCGAAUUAGCUAUUUUGGCUGUUAAUACAUUUAGAAAAGAUUCAUCAGAUCCAAAUCCACUUAUAAGAGCUCUAGCUAUAAGAACAAUGGGAUGUAUACGUCUAGAACAAAUAACAGAAUAUUUAAUUGAACCUUUGAGAAGAUGUUUAAAAGAUGAAGAUCCAUAUGUAAGAAAAACUGCUGUUAUAUGUAUUGCAAAAUUAUAUGAUAUAUCACCUAAAUUAGUAGAAGAAGAAGGCUUUAUAGAUACACUAUUAGACAUAUUAGAUGAUAAUAAUGCUAUGGUUGUUGCUAAUGCUGUUAUAUCAUUAACAGAUAUAUGUGAAAAUUCAAAUAAAAGUAUAUUAAAAGAUGUUAUAAAUAAAGAUGAAAAUAAUGUAAAUAAACUUUUAAAUGCUAUAAAUGAAUGUGUAGAAUGGGGUCAAGUAUUUAUUUUAGAUGCAUUAGUUCUAUAUGAACCAAAAACUAGUAAAGAUGCUGAACGUGUUUUAGAAAGAAUAUUACCAAGAUUAUCACAUGCAAAUUCAGCAGUCGUAUUAUCAUCUAUUAAAGUUAUUUUAUGUCUCUUAGAUAAAAUUAAUGAUAAAGAAUUUAUAAAAAAUGUACAUAAAAAAUUAAGCCCAUCCUUAGUUACACUUUUAUCAGCAGAACCAGAAAUUCAAUAUAUAGCAUUAAGAAAUAUUAAUCUAAUAACACAGAAAUUACCUAAUAUGUUAUCAGAUAAAAUUAAUAUGUUUUUUUGUAAAUAUAAUGAACCUGCAUAUGUAAAAAUGGAAAAGCUAGAUAUUAUUAUCAGACUUGUAUCAGAUAAAAAUGUAGAUUUAGUUUUAUAUGAAUUAAAAGAAUAUUCGACAGAAGUAGAUGUCGAAUUUGUUAAAAAAAGUGUAAGAGCAAUAGGAAGCUGUGCUAUAAAAUUACCACAAUCUAGUGAGAAAUGUAUUAAUAUAUUAUUAGAUUUAAUUGAUACAAAAAUUAAUUAUGUCAUACAAGAAUGUAUUGUUGUAAUUAAAGAUAUUUUUAGAAAAUAUCCAAAUAAAUAUGAAAGUAUUAUUACUAUCUUAUGUGAAAAUCUUGAAUCAUUAGAUGAAUCCAAUGCUAAAGCAUCUUUAAUAUGGAUUAUAGGUGAAUAUGUUGAACGUAUUGAUAAUGCUGAUGAAUUAAUAGAUUCAUUUUUAGAAAAUUUUAGUGAUGAACCUUAUAAUGUUCAAUUACAAAUACUUACAGCAAGUGUUAAAUUAUUUUUAAAAUGCUCUAAAAAUACUAAAGAUAUUAUAACCAAAGUUUUGAAAUUAUCUACAGAAGAAAGUGAUAACCCCGAUUUAAGAGAUAGAGCAUAUAUAUAUUGGAGAUUAUUAUCUAAAAAUAUUGAAGUUGCUAAAAAAGUUGUACUAGCUGAUAAACCACCUAUUCAAGAAGAAAAUAAAAUUACAGAUAAUAAAGUAUUAAAUAAAUUAAUCAAAAAUAUAUCUAUGUUAUCAUCUGUCUAUCAUAAAUUACCAGAAACAUUUAUAUCAAAAAAAAAUUCAUCAUCUUUUAAUUCAGAUAAUAAUAAUGAUCAUAUGGAACAUGAUGACCAUUAUGAUGAUGAUGAUGAUGAUGAUAAUAACAAUCAUGUUCUUAAAAUUAAAAAACAAAUGGAAAAACAAAAAUAUGAUAGUUAUUCUAGUGAUAAUAAAAAAUCAAAUCAUUCAAGAUCAUCAACUGAUUCUUAUAAUAACUCAUCUGAUGAUUUCAAUUAUGAUAAGGAUGAUGCAGAUGAUAGUAAAAAAUCUAUGGAUUUAAUAGGAUUAAAUGAUGACGAAGCUAAACCUAAAAAAACUGUACCACCUGUCAAAAUGAUUCAGGUCUUAUCACCAGAGGAUGCUGGUUUGAAGGGGCAGACAGGUCUCUCCAUUUUUUCCUCAAUCAAUCGUAUCGAAAGAAAAAUUCAACUAAAAAUAUCAGUAACAAAUCAAACUCAGAACGAAAUCGUAGUAUCAGGAGUUCAAAUAAAUAAAAAUUCAUUUGGAUUGUCUUCACCUAACAAUUUGGAUGUACAAAAUAUUGCCUUUGGAGAAACAAAAGAAAUGCUCAUAUAUUUAAUUCCAAAUACCUUAAAUUCGAAUACCCCUCCAGCAACACCCUUAUUUUUACAAGUUGCUAUAAGAACAAAUGUAGAUAUAUUUUAUUUCAAUGUACCUUAUGACAUUUUUGUCGUUUUUGUCGAAAAUUUUCAUAUGGAAAAAGAUAUAUUUAAAAAGAAGUGGCAAAUUAUAGAAGAAUCAAAAGAGAGUAUAUUAAUGGCUGUAAGCCCUAUGGUCAUAACAUCAGACAU